AUGGAAGAAUUACACAUCACUCCGUCGGGGAUCUUCUGGCAGGAUGGCUUCAUCACGCCGGAGCAUGAGAAGCAGCUCAUUCAGAUUUUCCGCAAUGAGCUCGAGUGGCCUGACCGUUCCGGCAGGCUAUCACUUCAUUAUGGCUACACCUUCGACUACAAGACCUUCGGUGUUGACCCAAACGUGCCGUAUAAGGACUUUCCAGAAUGGUUGCAGCCCUUGAUCCCGACCAGGGAGGGACGGCCCCCGGAGCAGGUCUGCCUACAGCAUUACCCACCAGGCGCAGGCAUCCCACCACACGUUGAUACUCACUCGGCAUACGACCAGCUUUACGCGCUCUCCCUUGGUGCCCCGGUCUUUAUGCAAUUUCAAAGAGGAGAUGAGAAGAUCGAAGUCGAUCUCACGCCACGGAGCAUGAUGCAGAUGUCGGGGGACUCCAGGCUUCAUUGGACCCACGGGAUCAAGAAGCGCAAGACCGACACCCUGGACGACGGCACCGUCAGGAGACGAGAGGAUCGGUGGAGCAUCACGUAUCGCUGGGUUCGGGAAAGCGGGGAAUGCGAGUGUGGAAACGAGAAGCUGUGUGAUACAGCGCAACGUCGUGUCGGCAUCGAGAAGGAGUACAGGUGGAAGAAGGAAGAUUCGAACGCAGCACCGGCAAGUAAAACCGUUGAACCUGAUAAUGCACGCACGUAG